CAUCAUGAGCUACGGAUACGGCGAUUGGAAUUCGGGCACGAGCAGAGGCUACGAGGGCUAUGGCUACGGCUACGGCUACAGCCAGGAGAAUUCCGGCGGUUACGGCUACGGAGCGGCCGCCGGGAAUUCCUGGGAUUUGGGGAAUUCCGAGCCCGACGGGACCCCCGAGGGCGCCGAGGGUCCCGGGAAGCAGCGGGGGGAGCCGGGAACCGGGAUCCACCCGGAACACCCCGGGAUCCAGGGCAGGGCCUACGGAGCCGGGGGGGGACAGAGGUACGAUCCCUACGAGUCCUACGGCGAUUCCCGCUCGGCGCUGAGCGACCGCGACUUUUACCGGGCCCCGUUCGAUUAUCCCGGGGAUUAUCCCGGGGAUUACCCCGGGGAUUAUCCCAACGAUUAUCCCAACGACUACCCCAACGAUUAUCCCGAUUUUCCCAACGACUACCCCAACGAUUAUCCCGAUUUUCCCAACGAAUCCGAGCCCGACGCCUCCGCCAACGAUUUCUACGGCCGCCAGCACCCGCGGGAGCAGCAGUUCCACGGGAAAUUCCGGGAGAAUUUCGGACACCGGGGUCACUCCUGGGCUCGCGAGAGGCAAUUCCCGGGCUUUGGAAUGAGGGGGGGGUGGGGCGAGGGGCGGGGCCAACCCGGAUCCCGGCGCCUCCCGUCGCUCUUCUCCCACAACAUCAUUCCCGAGGCCGGAGCUUUCCCGCCCUUCCGCGGCUUCCCCGGCGCCUUCCGGGGCCUCAAGAGGAUGAGGAGGGGCUGGAAGAUGUGGGAUGCGGAGUUCAGGCGGAAGCGGCUCCGCCGCGAUUCCUUCGGGAAGAAGCGGAAGCAGCCGAGCGGCUCCGAGGACAAAAAUCCCAAAACCGACGGAUCCGAAAAUUCCAGCUCGGACAACGAGGAAGGCACGGAGGGAGAAUCCGGAGAAAAGGAGGAAUCCAGAGGGGAAGGGGAGGAUGAAGAGGGACGAGAUUCCGAGAAAGGAGCCCUGAGCCUCCCGGAGGAGAUGGCCCAGAUUUCCCAGCUGAGGCAGAAGCUCCAGGCCGGCAGGAAAUCCCAGGAUCGGCAGAAGAAGCGGCACCGGGACCGGAUGGUGGAGAGGAUCCAGUUUGUCUGCUCUCUGUGCAAAUUCCGGACGUUUUUUGAGGAUGAGAUCCAGCAGCACCUGGAGAGCAGAUUCCACCGGGAGCAUUUCCAGUUUGUGGGCACCAAGCUGCCCCAGCAGACGGCGGAAUUCCUGCAGGAAUACGUGGCCAACAAGACCCGGAAGACGGAGGAGCGGCGCCGCGGGAUCCGGGACAUCAACGCCGUGAUCCAGCAGAUCCAGAGGGAGCAGGACCUGACCCAGGAGGUGGGCCUGGAGCAUUUCCUGCGGAAGGUGGAGGCCGCUCACUGCUCGGCCUGUGACCUGCUGCUCCCCAUGCACUUCGGCUCCAUCCAGAAACAUCUCAAAUCCCUGGAUCACAACCACAACCGCCGGGCCAUGAUGGAGCAAUCCAAGAAAUCCUCGCUGGUGGUGGCCAGGAGCAUCCUCAACAACAAACUCAUCAGCAAAAAGCUGGAAAAGUACCUCAAGGGGGAAAAUCCCUUCACAGAUGAUUCCGAGGAAAAGGAGGAGCACGAGGAAGGGGAAGGAGCAGGGGAGGAAAAUCCUGAGGAAAAUCCAGAGGAAAAUCCCGAAAAUCCUGAGGAAAAUCCUGAGGAAAAUCCUGAGGAAAAUCCCCAAAAUCCUGAGGAAAAUCCCCAAAAUCUCGAGGAAAUUCCUCAAAAUCCUGAGGAUCAUGAGGGAAAUCCCGAAAAUCCUGAGGAAAAUCCCGAGGAAAACAAAAAUCCUGAGGAAAUUCCAGCAGCUGAAAACCAGGAAAGGGGAACAGGGACAAAUCCAGAGCCAGAAAAGGCAGAAAAUUCCCAAAAUCCAGAGGAAUUCCCAGAGGAAUUCCCAAGGGAAGAGCAGCAGGAUGAAGAGGAAACCUCUGGAAUGUUCCAGGAGUGAAUUCCUGAUGGGAAAAGGACCCAAAAUAUUCCCUGGAUGUUUCGGAUCCGUGUCCGUGGAUGUUCCCUGUUCCCAGCCCCAAAAUCCCAGGAAUUCCUGGGAAGAAGAGGGAAUUCUUUUGGAAUUUUUCUUUGGGAAUUCCCAGGAAAAAAGAGGGAAUUUUCUCGAGGUUUUUUUUUGGGGGGGGAGAAUUCCCAGGAAAAAGGGAAUUUUGUUGGAUUUUUUGUCAUGGGGAAAAGGAGAGAAUUCAGUUGGAUUUUUCCUUUUUUUUUCCCCCUGGUAAUUCCCAGGAAAAAGAGGAAAUUUCAUUGAUUUUUUUUUUUUUUUUUUUUUUUUAAGGAAUUCCCAAAAAACCCCAGAAACUCUGUCAAAUUCUUUUAGGAAUUUUUUUCUACCGGAUCUCCCAGAGUUUUUGCCGUGAUCCCGUUGGUUUUUUUUUUUUCCCAGGUGGAUUUGUGGGAAUUUUUCCCCUUUUCCCUCGGGAAUGGGGAUUUUUUCCAGGUGGGACAAGGCUGGGAUUUGUCCUCCUGACCUCACCGAGGUUUUUCCAGGAUUUCCUGUGGCUGUGGAUCCCCCUUUUCCCGAUGUUUUCCUGCUGUUUUCCCGUCGUUUUUCCCGUUUUUUCCCCCAUUUUUCCCACUGUUUUUCCCUCCCCUCUCAGAGCGUUCGGUGCCGUUGUGUCCGUUGUGAAAUGGGAGAAUUUCCCAAGGUUUUUGUGGAUUUUAAAGGACUCAUCCUGAGGUUA